CUCUCCCCCUGCCUCUCUCUCUCCGCCCAGACUCCCAGUAGUUGAAGAGAGGAAAAGAUGGCACCUCAGAAGCCGCUGUCAGCCACUCCACCCGGCUUCUCCUCGUUCCGACAGCGGCGUGCUGCCCUCUGAAAUGGCAUCGACCGAACCACCAGCCGCCUGACAAGACAAGAAUUAUUUAUUUUGUACUGACAGACCUGAAAACUGUGGGCAUCUGUGUAGCAUUUUCCACACCCUAUCGCUUUCCCACCCUCAACAUCUGCACAUCCAGCUGGCUGCAGACUUUGCUGGCUGCAUCGCAGUUUUCUUUAUACACCCCGAGCUGCCGUUGGAUCUCGUUUUUAUUAGAACUCACGGACAAAGCACUGAGCUGAUUCAUAACAUUUUUAAAUCUCGUUUAGAGGAGGACAGGAGAGGAAGAUGAGUGAUGGGAGGAUAAAUCAGGGUGCCAGAUGAUAUAAGGACAGUUAACAGGCUGGGAUUACGCCCACACAAAUGAGCAGAGCAUCUGCCAGGCACGGGCCUCCGUCAUGGUUUACGAUGACACCAGUAAAAAAUGGGUCCCCAUCAAGCCUGGGCAGCAAGGAUUCAGCCGCAUCAACAUCUACCACAACACUGCCAACAACACCUUCAGAGUGGUGGGUGUUAAACUGCAGGACCAGCAGGUGGUUAUCAACUACUCCAUAGUGAAGGGCCUCAAGUACAACCAGGCAACCCCAACGUUCCACCAGUGGCGAGACGCCAGGCAGGUCUAUGGCCUUAACUUUGCCAGCAAAGAGGAGGCUACCACCUUCUCCAAUGCCAUGCUCUUUGCCCUCAACGUCCUCAGUGCUCAGGAUGGAGGUCCAGCUGUCCAACGCCAGGUUCAGAAUGGGCCGACUUCAGAUGAGAUAGAAGCUCAGAGAGCGAGGCAAAUGAUGGAGCAGCAGCAGCAAAUGCAGGCACACAUGGAGCGAGAGCAACGGUCCUCCAACUCAGGUUGUCCUUUCCAAGGCCAUCCCGCUGUGCUCUCCGUGGCCCCACCAGUAGCACCUCCCCCAGUGAACAUGUGUGGUCCUCCUCCCCCUCCACCACCACCGGGACCGCCACCAGCUUCAGCAGGGGCACCACAGCCUCCUCUCCCUCCUCCUCUCCCCUUGGGUGGAGGGAGUCACGGGGAUGAAUCUCCUGCACCGACGGGACUCGCAGCUAUGAUUGCUCAAGCCAAACUGCGCCGCGUUCAAAGACCGGAUGACAGCUCUUCAGGCGCCAAAAACGAUGCCAACCGAUCAAGUGGUGGGAGUGGGGGCCUGAUGGAGGAGAUGAAUGCUUUGUUGGCACGAAGAAGGAAAGCGGCUUCAGAGAAGCCUGAGGAUGGCCACAAUGACGAUCCAAACUCUCCAUCACCCAGCACCCGAGCUGGACAGAAUGCCACAGAUGGUGCAAAGAAGCCGUGGGAGCGAGCUAACUCUGCAGACCGGUCAAUGGCUUCAAGAGUACGACCCGCGGGGAGCGGCAGCGACACAGACUCAUUAGACCUCGACAGAAUGAAACAGGAAAUCUUGGAAGAGGUGUUUCGUGAAUUGCACAAAGUGAAGGAUGAAAUCAUUGAUGCCAUUAGACAUGAACUCAGUCGAAUUAGCACAACAUAAUCUCAACAUGAACCACCUUUUCGAACCACUGUCCCUACAGUGACUGCUGUGGUCCUGAGGAGGAGGAGGAGGAGGAGGAGGAGUAAGAAAUGGAGGCCCAAACUGUGACAUCUACUCAUCAUGUUCAGCUGUGGUGUUGAAGUAAUGCAGCAACAUUGCUCUAACACCUCAGUCAUGUCUGUGUAACACUUAUUUUGUCUGGAGAGAAAGAUCUGAAUCGGGCACACUCUGGUACUGAAUACUCUGAUUUCUUAACAUUUUCUGCCUGUUUGUUAGCCCAGUUCGACCCUCUGUCCUCAGGCUGAAGGAAAAUGGAUCAAAUUCUUACAGUAUGAUGUCACUGUUUUGAUUUUUUCAUGUUUGUUUUAAACUUUUUUAUUAUUACUAUCAUUUUCAUUAUUAUUACUAUCAUUUUUAAGAUUGUCAAUGUAAUGUUAAUAUGAGUGGUAGCGUAGAGAGUACGAUGUUAAUAAUGAAGAAAUGAUAAUGAGAAUAUGAUAGUAAUUGUAAUGUUGAUUAUAUUGCACAUCAUUUUAUGUCAGACUUUUGUGUUUUAUAUUGUGUGUUUUCAUUUGGCUUUAUUUUAGAAAUAGCUGUGAGCCAAUAUUUCACCUAGAACAUUUUUAAAGUUUUUUUUUAAUCCCUUUUCCAGCAUAGCUACAGUAUAUGUGGAACCAUGGCUGAAUAAAACAGGAUUUGACCUGAAACCAAGGGUGGGAUAAGCUUCUUUGGAUACUGCAAUCUUGAAAAAAAAAUUAAUUUAAUAAUCCACCAGAGUAUUUGUGAUCAUGUUGUUGAUAAAAUGUUUAUUGGCUGCAAGGAUAUGGUGAAGUAUUGUUCAUUUUAUUCUCUCCUUUUAUGACAAAGUGCUUCCUGGUUUGACAAAAAAAAAAAAACACUAAAAUGAAUUCAAAUAAAACUGUGAACAAUGUCUUGGAUAAAUGAGGCUGUCUCCUUAGUUUUGUGUUAGUUUGGAUGUUAUUUUGAUGCCAGUCUGAUGUUUUUGUCUGACUCAGUUUUUUUUCUUUUA